AUGUCCCCGGUGAACCAGUCAGUGGAAGGCCUUCUGCAGGAGGCCUCCAACCGAUCUCUGAAUGCUACGGAUCCUCCAGAGGCCUGGGACCCGGGGACCCUGCAGGCCCUCCAGAUUUCUCUGGCCGUGGUCCUCGCCGUCAUCACGCUGGCCACGGUCCUCUCCAACGCCUUCGUGCUCACCACCAUCUUCCUCACCAGGAAGCUCCACACCCCGGCCAACUAUCUCAUCGGCUCGCUGGCCACGACGGACCUCCUGGUUUCCAUCCUGGUCAUGCCCAUCAGCAUCGCGUACACCAUCACCCACACCUGGAGCUUCGGCCAGGUCCUGUGCGACAUCUGGCUGUCCUCGGACAUCACGUGCUGCACGGCCUCCAUCCUGCACCUCUGCGUCAUCGCCCUGGACCGGUACUGGGCCAUCACCGACGCCCUGGAGUACAGUAAGCGCCGGACCGCCGGCCACGCGGCGGCCAUGAUCGCCGUGGUCUGGGCCAUCUCCGUCUGCAUCUCCAUCCCGCCCCUCUUCUGGCGGCAGGCCAAAGCUCAGGAGGAGAUGCUGGACUGCCAGGUGAACACCUCUCAGAUCUCCUACACCAUCUACUCCACGUGCGGGGCCUUCUACAUCCCGUCCGUGCUGCUCAUCAUCCUCUACGGCCGCAUCUACCUGGCCGCCCGGAGCCGCAUCCUCAACCCGCCCUCCCUCUACGGGAAGCGCUUCACCACGGCCCAGCUCAUCACGGGCUCGGCGGGGUCCUCCCUCUGCUCCCUCAACCCCAGCCUCCAUGAGGCCCACUCCCACCUGGCCGGCUCGGCCCUCUUCUUCCAGCAGGUGAAGGUCAAGCUGGCAGACAGCGCGCUGGAGCGCAAGAGGAUUUCGGCCGCUCGGGAGAGGAAGGCCACCAAGACCCUGGGGGUCAUCCUGGGCGCCUUCAUCGUCUGCUGGCUGCCCUUCUUCGUGGCGUCGCUCGUCCUCCCCAUCUGCCGGGACGCCUGCUGGAUCCCCCGAGCCCUCUUUGACUUCUUCACCUGGCUGGGCUACUUAAACUCGCUCAUCAACCCGAUCAUCUAUACCGUGUUCAACGAAGAGUUCCGGCAAGCGUUUCAGAAAGUGGUCCAUUUCCGGAAAGCCUCCUAG